AUACGCUCAUAUAUCCCAGAAUAAAAUAAUCGCCCCCACCAUCACGUGAUGGGAGAUAAAAACAUGAGGUAGUGUGAGAUAAUUGGUGAGUAGGUAGAUAAGGAGAUUGGAGGACUUAAGAGCGAGAAGUGAGGGGGAGGGAGCCCGUGGUGGUCUGCUACAGUGACCAGCUGCUCCCGGGAAUGACUCAUACGCUUCUUGUCAAUUAAACAGCUCUCACAGCCACCACCACUCUCCCCACCAUGGCCGGACUCGGCGCUAAGGAUAUACUGCGCAACGUGACGGCCCUCGAGCAGUUAAUCGAAGAAAUCAACUUUCAAAGGGCCAAGGAAAUGCGGCAGUGCCUCAUGUCCAAAGACACAGAUACAGGGUUUGUCAUGGUGCAAGGAACCACUUACUGGACUGACCUCUUUGUCCGGCACUUCCUCUUCCAGACUGACCGCUCUACAGAUGCUGAUGAUCUAUUAUUUUUUAUCAGAAAGAAGCACCUUAAAGGUUCACGAUACAUUCCAAAAUAUCAGACAGAGGUAGAGGUUUAUAGGAGAGACAGUCGCAAGUUGCCUAUUGGAGACCCUGAUGUUGACUGGGAAGAAACUGUCUACCUUAACCUCAUCAUUCACCAGUUUGACUACACCCUUACACUGGCUGUUUGUACACGCACCAGCCCUAAAGAUCUUCAAGUGCUCCGCCGACAUUCUCAGAAAGUUUAUGCAAGCCCGAGCCGGCGCCGAAUGGACACAAAAGGAGAAGUUGAAGAAAUAACCUACCCCAAUGUUUGCUUUCAUGUAGAUAAUUUUGAUGAGGUUUUUGCUGAUAUGUUAGUGCGUGAUGGAGAGAUGGUGUGUGUAGAGUUGGUGGCUUCCGAUCAUGCUGGCACCCGUCAAGCUGUCAUCUUCUUAGGUUCUAUUAGAUAUGAUGCACUCAAGCGUGUCUACGAUGCUCGGGCAAGUUUAAGCAGCAAAGUGGCCCAGCGGAUGAUGAUGGGCCUGUUUGCUGGAAACAGUAAUCAACGGAUAGAGUUUGUGCGCAUGAAGGGACCACAAGGAAAGGGACAUGCAGAGAUGGCUGUAACCAAACCAAAAGGUUCAGGAGUGGAGACACCCACAUCAGAGCCUGGUGUGAGUUUAACAGACAUGUGGGAUUGUGACUGGGAUGAUGAACCAGAAGAUAGGUUUAUCUACCGUCACCAGCGCCGCCUCAGUGACCCCAGUGCCAACUUCAACACUUUUAUAAACUCCGGGUGGAAGUCCCGCUCAGAGGGAGCCAGGUCACGCUCAGAAAAUGAAGGAUUAGAUUACUUUGCAGACGGAUUAUAUGAGAUCGAGUCAGGGGAUGUGCGAGAUGCGGUGUGUAGUGGUAGAUGUUGUUCAGUGGUAGCAUGCAACACAAUUCGAGAAGAGGAGGAAAUGCCACAGGAAGUGCAGUGUGCCAAAUGCCGCCAUUUCCAUGGGGACCAGCCAGUGGGGUCUGGCCCCCAAGUAGAAGCUAGCAAAAAGUCCAUUCAGAGCUUAGACUUGCCUGGUCUAAUGCCUGUGUGUGAUUCCCCACCCCUCGAGCCGUCCUUGUGUCGUCCUCCCACCCCUGAGUCUCCUCAUGAGGGCAGUCCCCUCCUGUCCUGUUCUCACUCAGAAUCACCCAACUUAACAAAGAAACCUUUCAGUAGUCAGGCUAUAGCUGAUGUACAAAACAAAACUUCUUUUAGCGAAUCAGAAAUCAUUGUGCCAGAUGAUGAUAGUGCAGCAACACACACAGAUACAAUUGCAAAAUCUGAUGUGCCUGUGGUGUUUGACUCUGGGGGGCAGGAUAAAGAAGUAGCUGAGGACACGCCUAAAGAGGAGGUCUUUGUGCUAAUUGAGUCAAAAUUGAGAACUGAUCUAGGAUGUGAUACAAUUAAUGAAACCUCUUUUAUCAGUAGAAGCAUUCAAGAUCAGAUAUCUAAAGCAAAUCAGUCAAGUGAUGUACCUUGUUCCCCUCAAACUGAAUCAGAAUUAUCUCCCACAAGCCCACUAAAGUCUCGCAAUAAGAAACCAGGUGGUGCCCAUAGAGUUAACUCUUCACAAGCAAAGUCAUUUAGUACCCCAGUAGACUAUUCUGGUUCUUGUGAUGUCUUAAACAAUUCAGAGGUCUUGAACAGUCCAGCUGAUCCUAUCCCGUCCACUUCUAAAUUUAAUGUUGACUCUUGUGAUGAAGAGACAAGAGACAGUGUUAUUAAAGCUAAACCACCUCUUGAAAAGAGCCUUUCUGUUGAUUCAGCUAAAAUGACUGCCAUUAAAUCCAAAAUGGAGUGUGUAGAAUCAACAUCAGAGUCUUUAACAGCCUUAAACUUGAGCCCUGUCAAGAGAAAAAGAAGAAAAAUUUCGGUGCCGUAUAGAAUAACUCCAGAUGGCACAAAGGUUAACUUUCUCUGCGAUGUCAAACUAGAUGAUGGUGCAUAUAAUCCAUUGUGGACAACCAAAGGCUUCACUCAAACAUUUCAUUUCUGGAAGGAAUCCCGCCGAGCCCAAUCUGUUCCACUUAAUGCCUAUCUCACUUAUGUCACACUGCCGUGGUUCACCAUUAUCACAGAUAUACUUGACCAUCGGACAGGUCCCAUCCUUACUUUUUAGUGCCCUUGUGAUGAACUUAAGGAAUUUUAUUCUGGUGGAUGUUUGAGAUGUCUCACACCACAUGCUUCAAAUGCUGUUUAUGAGGUGUAUCUGAAAAAUCUACACUUGUAUACAAUGACUACCCGAGGAUGUCUUCAAAAGAUACAUGUAUGUUUUUAUUAUUUUCAAGUGACUUUUUAUACUUUCUCAUAAAAUUAUGAAACAUUAUUGUACUUUAUUUUAUAAAUCAAGCUCAGGACACCAAAUAUAUUCAGUGAGUCCCUUUUUUUUUUUUUACUUUCAUACUCAUCAGUUGAUACAAAUUAUUGAAUGUGAGAGAAGGGUAUUGUUGAUGAUUGUACACACUUGGAGUGAUUGUUUCUAUUAAAGAAAAACCGAACUUUGUAACUAAACAAUAUUACUGAAUGUCUUGUGCUGUGUAAAUCACAGAGGUGAUCCUUAAUAAAUGUCAUUAUCA